AUGUUGUUCUCUGUUGCGGCAUUGAUCGCUUUCCUCUCCCUGGCCAUCGACACCAAAUCUCAAUAUCUCCCAUCGGAAGACUGUCCCAUCCUCGGCCCAUCAUUUCCCAACACCUUCGACCUUGCCAACUCCAAAGCCAUUCAGAAAUUGCUCGGGACAUUUCCCGACAUCAUCGAGUCUGCUUUCAGCUCUGGCAACCUCAACCGCACUCAUACUUCCUUCUCCAUCGAUGUCUUCUCAGCUACAAACAAUCAAUCGAUCUACAGCUACCAUCACGCCGCACCUGCACUGAAUGGAAGCUUGACUGCUGAUCUCCUGGACGAUGGAACGAUAUAUCGAAUCGGGAGUGUAUCGAAGUUGUUUACUACAUAUGCAAUCUUGGCUCAUGCUGGAGGCUUGGAAGUCUUUGAUCAUCCAGUCACGGAAUAUGUGCCAGAGCUGGCUGGGAACCGUGGAGCCAAUCCUCUUGAAAAAUUAAUUUGGGAGGACAUUACUGUUGGUGCACUCGCCUCGCAGAUGGCCGGAACAGGAGGCUUUCCUAUAGAGUCGACACUCUGCUACAACGGAUCGCAGAGUGAUUGCUCUAUUCCGGACUUUCUUAAAACCAUGCGAGAUCAAAAGAUACCAGUCAUACCUCCUUUCCGAACUGCUCUGUACUCCGAUGCGGGAUUCGGGAUCUUGGGGCGGGUCCUAGAGCGCAUGACGGGACUGACCUACGCGGAAGCAUUGCAACAAGUGCUCGCAGGACCACUCACUCUCAAUAGCACAUCUUCACUGGAGCCCAUGGGAGAUUCUUUGAAUGCGCUCAUCGUACCAGGUAACGCUUCACUCUCGUCGUGGGGCUUCGAUACUCAAAUAUCGGCGCCUUCCGGGGGGAUAUACUCCAACGCCGAAGAUCUACGUACGCUCGGAUUGUCAAUCCUUCACUCCCAGCUUCUCUCUCCUUCCGACACUCGCUCGUGGAUGAAGCCGCGCUCUCAUACGGCCUCGCUCAGCAAUUCCGUCGGCGCUCCUUGGGAGAUCAACCGUCYCCCCCUUCCAGUCUCUCCCAAUUCAAAUCGUACCCGCAUAUCCGACCUCUACACAAAAGUCGGCGGUCAAGUCGGCUACGCGAGUUUCUUCGCUCUCUCCCCAGAUCACAAUAUUGGAUUCUCGGUCUUGUUGGCUGGAGAGACUUCUGCGGCCGAUCGAUUUACGCUUCCAGCUCUCGUUGCAGAAGCCUGGAUUACUGCUGCUGAGGAAGCUGCUUGGGAGAACGCUGCGGAAAAUUUCCAGGGAACUUUUAAAGAUGGGGGAAGUAAUCUUACCCUUACUGUUGAUGAAGAUAGACCUGGGAUGGGUCUAGAAUCAUUCUCCAUUGAGGGAAUUGAUAUGCUGGAAUACAUCCUUGUAUUGACAGGAUUCCCGGCUGCGAAUGUUAGUGUGAGGCUUUAUCCUACGGGGUUUGUUGAGCAGGGACUUGAUGAGGAAGGUUGUAGGAGAGAGCUACAUUCGUUCAGAGCAAUCCCGAGUUUGGUACCAGCUCUAGCUCUUCCUCGAGGGCUUAUACAAGGCGGAAAGGGAAUGUUUGAUUAUGGGUGUAUGGGAUGGGAGUCGGUGGACUUCAACAUCUUGGACGUGAACGGUAUUGACGGGUUUGUAUUUGAGCUCAACAACGGCAGGCUCGAGGGGGUGGAACAUCCCGCGUCGGGCUUGUCUGUGAAGAGAUUCGAAUGA